GCCAUGUUACCAGAUAGUCUGGUUAGGUGGUUAGGACUUAAAGGUGGCUUCUGGAAGUGGAGAGCAAUGCUCCCUGUCAACAGCAAACAAGAAAACAGGGCCCCCAGUCCUGAAGCUGCAAGGAAAUGGAUUUAGACAACAAUCUCAAUAAACUUGGAGGAGGAUCCUGAGCCUCUCAUGAGAUUAUAGUCUCAGAUGAGUUUACAGACCCAGCUGACACCUUGAUGUAAACUUGAUGGAGAAGGACCAAAGAUGCGUAGAAAUGGCAAAUGUGAGCCUCGUGACAACAUUCAUCCUCAUGGGUCUUCCCCAUGCAUCAGCGUUGGACACCCCGCUCUUUGGAAUCUUCUUGGUGAUUUAUGUACUCACUGUGGUGGGGAACCUCCUCAUCCUGCUGGUGAUCUCGGUGGAUUCCCACCUCCACACCCCCAUGUACUACUUCCUGACCAAUCUGUCCUUCAUUGACAUGUGGUUCUCCACAGUCACUGUGCCCAAAAUGCUGAUGACCUUCAUCUCUACAGGAGGCAGGACUAUUUCCUUUCGCAGCUGUGUGGCCCAGCUCUACUCUUUCCACUUCCUGGGGAGCACUGAGUGUUUCCUGUACACAAUCAUGUCCUAUGACCGCUACCUGGCCAUCUGUUACCCACUCAGGUACACCAGCAUGAUGAGUGGGCGAACAUGUGUCCUCCUGGCUGCAAGCACAUGGCUCAGUGGCUCUCUGCACUCUGCCAUCCAGACCACACUGACGUUCCGUUUGCCCUACUGUGGGCCCAACCAGAUCCAGCAUUACUUCUGUGAUGCACCGCCUAUCCUCAAACUGGCCUGUGCAGACACCUCUGCCAUCGAGAUGGUGAUCUUUGUCAGCAUCGGAGUAGUGGCCUCGGGCUGCUUUCUCCUGAUAGCGCUUUCCUAUAUUUCCAUUGUCUGUUCCAUCCUGAAGAUCCGCACCUCAGAGGGGAGACACAGAGCAUUUCAGACCUGCGCCUCCCACUGCAUUGUGGUCCUUUGUUUCUUUGUUCCCUGCGUUUUCAUUUACCUGAGGCCAGGCUCCAAGAAUGCUGUGGAUGGGGUUGUGGCAGUUUUCUACACUGUGCUGACACCCCUUCUAAACCCUGUGGUAUACACCCUAAGGAACAAGGAAGUGAAGAAAGCUCUACUGAAGCUGAAAGACAAAGUACCAUAUUCUUCGAGCAAAUAAAUGCUCGAGGUAGAUACGCUAAUUUUAAAAAUAGAGUAAUAUAAUUUAGUCAUCAACAUAUAAUUUAUUGCAUAUAUUGUUCUCAGUGUUAAACAUUAUCCAAAAUCAUCUUGCCAGGGAUAUUUGUUUCACAUAAUUUUCUGAUGCAUUGAAAAAAUCAUGAUUCUUUUUUUAUUUACAAUGAACAUGUUUAAAUUU